AUGUUUUCUUCUCCAGAGGUCAUACAGAGUGGCCAAGGCUUUGUGCACAACUCGCUGUUCUUCGAGAAUGUACACAAGAGUGUCCUGCGUGCACCGUUCGUCAUGCCACUGCGCAUCAAACUGCCCUACCACACAACCUUCAAGAAUCUCUUGGCCUACGCACAGGCAUAUGCGGCUUAUGAGACGUACGGUGGAGUAUGGAAUCUCGGCCGAUUCCUGAUGUAUAACGUGCUGGGAUAG